AUGUAUCCAAGUUGGCAUAGUCCUGACGAAUCGUCACCGGCCACAGCAGCUGCAGCUUCUGUUCAACCGUACUGGAGUCAACAUGUCAAUCAGGCUACAGCUACUGCAGUUGCUCAUCAAAAAGUUGCCGCAGUUGCCGCUUACGAACCAUUGCUGUAUCAGCAAAAUUAUAUGAAAAAUAUGCUUGGAGCUGCCGCUCAGUGGGUUGAAUCGUCCAGCACGUAA